AUGCCGACGAAAUACUUGAUCGCCGCCCUCCCCGUACAAUCCGCCGGCGGCGACGUCGCCGCCGCCGAGAACUCCCUCUGGCGCAGCCUCGAGGACUCCAUCUCCCAGCACUCCAUCGACACCCCCCUCUACCGUUUCACCGUCCCCGCCCUCAAAGGCGGCACGCUCGACUCCCUCCUCGCCCUCAGCGACGACCUCAUCAGGUCGAACCUCUUCAUCGAGGGGGCCUCGCACAGGAUCAGGAGGCAGAUCGAGGACCUGGAGCGCAACGGAGGCGCCGGCGAGGGCGGCGCCCUGAUCACCGUCGACGGCGUCCCAGUCGACUCCUACCUCUCCAGGUUUGUGUGGGAUGAGGGAAAGUACCCAACAAAGUCGCCACUCAAGGACAUCAUCGCCAGCAUCCUGUCGCGGAUCUCCAAGAUCGAGGAUGAGAUCAAGGUUCAAGCAGCAAAGUAUAAUUCUUGUAAGAACCACCUUAGAACAGUCUACAGAAAGCAAAGUGUAAGUUUAGUCGUGCGUGAUCUGUCGAACCUGGUAAAACCAGAGGAUAUAAUCACUUCGGAACAUCUAGCAACACUUCUUGCUAUUGUUCCAAAAUGCUCCCAGAAGGACUGGUUGUCAUGCUAUGAGUCACUUGACACCUUUGUGGUACCGAGAUCAUCCACAAGGCUUUAUGAGGAUGAUGAAUAUGCGCUCUACACCGUCACAUUAUUUGCGAAGGUUGUUGGCAACUUUAAAGCACAUGCUCAAGAGAGAGGUUUUCUGAUCCGUGAUUUUGUGUAUAGUCCUGAAGCACAGGAAAGUGAGAAGGACGACCUGGAAAAGCUGCUGCAAGACGAGGAAGCUAUGAGAACGUCUCUUCUGCAACUAUUAUAUGCCAGAUACAGUGAGGUAUUCAGUUCCUGGAUGCACAUAUGUGCUGUAUUUGUCUUUGCAGAGAGCAUUCUUAGAUAUGGUCUGUCACCAUCAAUCCUGUGUGUCGUUCUAGCACCGUCUACGCAGAGCGAAAAAAAAGUAAGGAACAUCUUAGAAGAGCAUUGUGGAAAUGCCAAUAGCAAUGAUUUCUGGAAAUCUGACGAUGAUGGUCUCGGAGGUGAAAUCCACCCUUAUGUAUCCUCCACCAUGAAUGUCGUGUGA